AUGGCUGUUGUCAAUAUGAUUCCGUUGUUUGUUUGCAUGGCGAGAAACAAUUUCGUUGGGCAUGCAGUUGAGGUGGGAUUUGAUAUUUGGAACCUGUUUCACCGCUGGAUUGGCAGGGUUGUGGUGUUGGAGUCGGUAGCACACAUGCUUGCAUGGACAGUCAACAAGGUUGAUCAGGCAGGAUGGGAAGGCCUAAAUGAAGCUUUAAGGAUCAGUCAUUUUUACCAAGUUGGUUUGAUGGCCGAAAUUGCUCUCAUCUUAAUCGCCUUUUUGUCUACUUCGCCACUACGACACGCAAACUAUGAGUUCUUCUUGUCGAUGCAUCAGCUGCUCGUUGCAUUUUUUGUAGCCGGCGUUUGGUGGCAUCUUUAUAUCGACAUGUUACCUCAAAUGGUUUACUGCAACGUCGCUAUUGCGAUAUGGGUUGCUGAUCGUGUUUUUAGGAUCUUGCGCAUCUUGAGGAACAAUAUCAGGUGGAGAAGGAAGGGGCUACUUUCCAACGUAGCUGAAGUUGCCCCGCUGAAAGGUGGGGAUGCUGUUAGGUUUAGUGUUGAACUUUCUACCCCAUUCAAGUACAGGCCUGGAACUCACGCAUAUCUUUAUGUACCACGAAUCGGCUGGUGGCAAUCUCACCCGUUCUCAAUCGCUUGGACAUCCGCAGAGGAAUCCAAGCAGGCGGUUGGAGCGACACAGAUGCCCGACAAGCAUCAUGAGCCCCAGAAAACCACCACCCCGAAAAAGACUACGAUGCACUUCAUCAUAUCGAAACACGAUGGUUUCACAAGAGCACUAUAUGAUGCUGCGCAGUCUGCCGCCGCAACUGCUGACCCGGAAAAGCUGGAAAACGGGUGCGUCUUGAAGGUUCUAGGCUUGGUCGAGGGACCCUAUGGCGGACAUCACUCGCUCGAUUCCUUCGGGACAGUGGUCCUGGUUGCUGGGGGUGUUGGUAUCACCCAUUGCCUGGGUUAUGUUAGACAUCUCUUGCACGGAUACAACGAAGGAACCGUGGCUACCCAGAGGGUUAAAUUGGUUUGGGUCAUCAGAAAAAGUGAGCAUAUCCACUGGGUCUCGGAUUGGCUUGAAGAGAUUCUGCGGAUGCCACUCUGUCGCCGGGUACUCGAGGUUGACAUCUAUAUCACCCGACCUAGCACCACAAUUAGCGGGGAUGAGUGGGCUGGCCACGGCGGCCUUGUUAAUGUUCACGUCGGAAGGCCGGAAUUCGAAAUUGUUCUCGAGAAGGUCGUGAGACGAAGGAUUGGUGCCAUGGCGGUAACUGUCUGCGGUGGUGGCGCUGUGAGUGACUCGGUCAGGGCUGCCACACUCAAGUUCGUUGACCAAGCUACUAUCGACUUCUCCGAAGAGAGUUUCACUUGGUGA